CGCUUUGCGGCCGCCCGGUGAAGAGCGAUUCCCAUCUGCCGCUGAGACAAAGUCACCGCAUGCGUGGCUAACUUCCGCUUCGGAGAAUUUCCCCACGAGAAGUUCAAGAUGACGACCCAGGAGGAUGUGAACAUCGAGUCCUAUACCGAGUAUGCUCUCGGCAUGACAAUAUUCCUCACUCGACUCAUAACCCGAUUAAUGCUUGUGGGCUUCCGAGGACUGUACUGGGACGAUCUUUUCACUUGCGUUGCUAUUGCCUUCUGGACAACCGACUUAGUUAUCCUGUACGAGAUAGGUGUGUAUGGAAGCAGCGUUGGGCAGACGUACGAGUCAGCAGCGCUACUCGACGAUGCCAAGGUAGCGAGUCUCAGAAUCGGCGACAAACUGACUUUUGCUUCUUGGAACUGUUACAUCUGCCUUAUCUGGUCGAUGAAGGCGGUUGUACUGUUCUACUAUGAUCGUCUUACCAUGAAUCUCUGGCAGAACAAGAUGGCCAGAUAUAUUCGUAUCUGUACUCUGGUAACUUUCUGUGUUGCUAUCAUAUUCCAAUACACCCUCUGUACGCCCAUCGAGCUGGCAUGGCAGGUCAAGCCUUACCCCGGAGAUAAAUGUGUUUUCCGCAGAGAGAACUACAUCUUGUUCCCAAUUCUCAGUAUCAUUUCUGAUUUGGGAAUUAUGGCUAUUCCGCUCCCGCUGUUAUGGCAAGUCAAAAUUCCAGUUUGGCGCAAGCUCAUUCUUGGUUUCCUUUUCGGCUCUGGUAUCUUCAUUAUCAUCGCCACCCUUCUACGGACGGUUUACUCUCUUCGAUCUCUACUAGAUCUCCUCGUCGCUACGCAAUGGGCCACUCGCGAAUAUCUAGUCACCGCUUUCGUCGUCUCUGCACCAGCUAUCAAGCCUCUCUUUAGCAAGCGUCUUUGGGGUCUUAGGGGGUCGACAACCAAUUCAAGAACCGCAGAUCGCUAUGGGUCUGGUGGAUCUGCGCUGCGCUCUGGAAAGGGAUCAAAGGCGCACAGUCACUCCGUCGUAGUCGAAAGCCAGAACGGCGGAAACUCAGGGAGUUCUUCUGGUGGAAAAGUAUUCGAGAUGCCUGCUCGAGCUUGGCCUAGUAGGAAAGGGAGCAACGCCAAGAUAAGGUUACCGAGCGAGGCGAGCCAGGAACACUUUGCACACUACUCGGACGAGGAGGCGGGAAUCUAUGUCACGGAGACGUUUACGGUCUCGAGUGAGGAACGGAAACAAGCAGCAAAAUAAACGAUGCUGUCUAGGAGAGCAGAUCUUAUGUUGAAGCUCUAACCAAGAAUGCUUCAUGGUCUGAGUUGAGCUCGGCUGGGAUGGCGGAGGCAUGCCUGGAGCUCGCAGAGCAUGUCAUUACUUGUGCAGGCUUCAUAAAAGCCGCUUCUGUAUAAUAUAAUCUAGGUAAACAUGAAUUUUAUCAUAGGUAACAGGUUACUCAAGCAGCUAGCUCUGCUGAUCUCAGUA